AUGUCGUCACGGAAACACGCAACGCUCAGGAGGCAGCCAUGACAGCCUAGAACCUUCGUUGUAAAGGAGGUUUACUCGCUUUACAGGGAACAUGUGCGUUAAAAGAACGAUUGGAGGGGGAAACAGAAGUGUAACGGGCCGCACCAUUGAACAGUCUUGCUAGAGUUUCUGGCAAAUUCCAUGAAAUUGAUUACUUCGAGCAAGGCAUGAAGAGAAUCUCCCUGAGUUUAAACGCGUAGUAAACAGACUUUGUAUAAAACAGUAUUUUCUUAAUUGAUAUACACGUUCAGACAUAAAAAUGACGGUUACAAUAGACAUAUCUCCUAAACAGGAUGGAAAAAUAUUGAAAGAAAUUAUUAGGGAAGGUGUCGGAGAUGAAACUCCAUCAGCUGGAAGUAAUGUAACGGUACAUUAUGUUGGUACUUUAUUGGAUGGGACAAAGAUAGAUUCCAGUAGAGACCGUAAUGAACCGUUUAAGUUUGAGCUUAAAAAGAAAUCUGUCAUAAAAGUUUGGGACAUUGGAGUAGCCACAAUGAAAAAAGGUGAAAUUGCAGUAUUCACUUGUGAUCCUAAAUAUGGAUAUGGAGCAAAGGGUAGUCCACCUGAUAUUCCUCCAAAUGCAACUCUUAAAUUUGAAAUCGAAAUGCUUGAUUGGAAAGAUGAAGAUUUAAGUCCUGAGGAAGAUGGAAGCAUUGAGAGGUAUCAAAUUGUUGAAGGAAAACAUCAUAGCACUCCUCAGGAAGGAGUUUUGGUGAAUAUUCAUUUAACGGGAAUGUACAAUGGUAAAGUAUUUGAAGAUAGAGAUGUACAAUUCACGCUCGGAGAAGGCGAGGAAUAUGGUAUUGUGGAAGGCGUAGAAAAGGCAUUAGAAAAGUUUAAAAGUGGAGAAAAAUCAAGACUAAGAAUUAAAAGCAAAUAUGCAUUUAAAGAUGAACCUAAACCAGAGUUUAACAUUCCUCCAAAUGCAACUGUAGAAUAUAUAGUAGAACUGAAAAGCUUUGAAAAGAGUACAGAAAUGUGGACUUUAAAAAAUGAAGAACUUAUAGAGCAAGCUAAGAUUUUUAAAGAAAAAGGAACGAAUUACUUCAAAGCAAACAAAUAUUCUUUAGCUAGUAACAUGUAUCGGAAAUCUGCUUCAUUUAUGACGUUUGAAGGCAACUUUAAAGGCGACCUUAAAACGGAAAGAGAUAAUCUUCUUCUGUCUGCAAAUUUAAAUCUUGCUCUAUGUUAUUUAAAACUAGACCGCAAUGUUGAGGCAAAAGAUGUAUGUAAUAAAGCUUUGGAAUUGAGUCCACAAAAUGAGAAGGCACUGUUCAGAAGAGGACAAGCUUAUCUUGCAUUAGCAUCACCUGAAAUUGCAAUUAAAGAUUUUCAGACAGUAUUAGAGAUAGAACCAAAAAAUACAGCAGCUUCCAAACAAAUUGCAAUUUGUAAAGAUCUUAUUAAGAAGCAAUUAGAGAAAGAGAAAAAUUUAUAUGUAAAUAUGUUCGACAAAUUUGCUCAGGAGGAUAAACAGAAGGAAGAGGAGAAACUACGAGAUCAAUCAGAUGUGAUGAAUGUAACAUUGGGUGAAUGGGGGCAAGAAGAACGACCUGGUGGCAGAGAUGCAACUGCUUUUGAAAAAGAGAAUCCUAAUAUACUUAUGCUCAAUGCCAAUGGUACCGGCGAAUUUCAAGACAUGUAAAACGUUCUUUUCUCUCUUCACACUGCCCCCAUUUUUAACUGCCAGGAGUUAAAAAUUUUGCCAGUCAUUGUUUUUUAUGCCUUUCAAAUGUUAUACUGCUUUAAUAAUAUGAUUCAUGUGGCAUAUUCAUUAAAUUCGCAAAUAUUUUGUGGCUCAUGAUACAACCUAGUCAUCAAAUUUCAUAUUCAGUGUGCGUCACAAAUUUUAUUGAAUGUAUCAGCAUCUCGAUUACAACUUACAUGAAACAAAACCAGUUAUAAGAAUAACAGUAAGAUUUAUGUAUAGUGUAAGUUUAUUUUGUAACUUCGGUUAACACAAUUGGUAUUGAUUAAAAAAUGUAUGUUUAAAAUUAUAAUCUUUUUUAUUAAUAAAUAUCACUGUACAUAAUUUAA